CCAUCCGUCCGGUCCUCCGCCCACCUGCGUGUCCGCCAGAGCCCGCUCCAGGCCCCGGGCCGGCCAAGGCUGCGGGACGAGAACGAGGAUGGCGGAGAGCGAGGCGGAGACCCCCAGCACCCCGGGGGAGUUUGAGAGCAAAUACUUUGAAUACAACGGGGUCCGGCUGCCCCCCUUCUGCAGGGGGAAGAUGGAAGAGAUCGCCAAUUUCCCCGUGCGGGACAGCGACGUGUGGAUCGUCACCUACCCCAAGUCAGGCACCGGCUUGCUGCAGGAGGUGGUGUACCUGGUAAGCCAGGGUGCUGAUCCGGACGAGAUCGGCCUGCUGAACAUCGACGAGCAGCUGCCUGUCCUGGAGUACCCCCAGCCGGGGCUUGACAUCAUCAAGGAGCUCACGUCUCCUCGCCUCAUCAAGAGCCACCUGCCCUACCGCUUCCUGCCCUCCGACCUGCACAAUGGCAAUUCCAAGGUCAUCUACAUGGCCCGGAACCCCAAGGACCUAGUGGUGUCCUACUACCAGUUCCACCGCUCGCUGCGCACCAUGAGCUACCGGGGGACAUUCCAGGAGUUCUGCCGGAGGUUCAUGAAUGACAAAUUGGGCUAUGGCUCGUGGUUUGAGCAUGUGCAAGAGUUCUGGGAACACCACGUGGAUUCCAACAUUCUUUUUCUCAAAUAUGAAGACAUGCACAGGGACCUGGCAACUGUGGUGGAGCAGUUGGCGAGGUUCCUGGGGGUGCCCUAUGACAAGGCCCAGCUGGAGGCCACUGCAGAGCACUGCCACCAGCUCGUCGACCAGUGUUGCAACGCCGAGGCCCUGCCCGUGGGCCGGGGAAGAGUUGGGCUUUGGAAGGAUGUCUUCACCGUGGCGAUGAAUGAGAAAUUCGACUUGGUCUACAGACAGAAGAUGGGGAAGGGCGACCUUACGUUUGACUUCUAUUUAUAAAACCCUGUGCAUGCGCCCGUUACCAGAAUCUCGCUAGGAGUGCUUGGUGCAGUCAUUUAGUACGUGCUGGACAAAUCUCUGUAGCUAUGUGUAAAACAAUAGAAAAAUCAACAACUUACUAACUGUCAGGCGGUCGGUUAUGUCCGGUUCUCUCCCCUCCAUCCCCUACCCCGUCUGCCAGCUGCCCUGCCUGGGAGUCGUGCUCAUAAAUGGGGCAGGUAGAGGCAGUUGGAUGAAACGUCUUAUCCAGUACAAAAUAUGUAAAGUAGACGUAACCGGAACGCUUACCUUUCAGCCCCCUCCUACCGCCAGCCCCCCCCCCCCACUUGGCCCCUUGCCACUAUUUAUUGUAUUUUAUAGAGCUUUUCCCUGAAAAACCAAAGUCCAUUUCAGUUAGACCAAAUGUGUGGUCAUUUGGGAUGGGCCGCCGAGAGGCCCCCCCUGGGGUGAGUUAGAAUGGACUUGGAACUGCAGCUGUCGCAUUUUAUUUUUGUAGUUUUACCAGCACGGAUGCAAUUGAUUGAUUUGGUGACUGAUCGUCCCUUUCCCCCUUAGGGGAAGGUGGUGUGUCGAGGUCAUGAUGGGGGAGGCAGGGAUCUCCAGCUUCUCUCCCUCUGGCCCCCACCCGAUAAGGUUUAGAACGGUCCCUUGGCAGAGGUGUGUGGAAGUGUUUGAUCUGGCAGCUGUGCCCGGCAGAGUGCAGUGGAUGGGAGUGUGUCUGGCAUUCCUCUGCCUAUGCUGCCCAGCUGAGUACAGCAGAUGGGAGUGUGCCCGGUAUUCCCCCAUCUACACUGGCCUCGCUGAGUACAGCAGAUGGGAGUGUGUCUGAUGUUCCCCUGUCAACAAAGGCCUGGACAGAAAUUAAAAGUCAGCCCUGAAUGGAGGGGAGAACCAAAGUUAGGCCUUGGGGUUUUUCCUCGAUCUGAUUUCUGUCCCUAUGGCAGCCACCCACCUACACUAGCCAUCCAGCCACCCAAAGGCCCAAAUCCAGGUGUGUUUACGAUAGCCCGACCCCACAACAUCUGGAAGUGGGGAGAGCUACAGGCCUCCUGUCCCAGUCCCGGGUUCUGGGUCCCAGGUUGGACAGGGGAGUUGGGAAAGGAUAGCCAAAGCAGAUCAGUGGUGUGCAAGUCCAGGUGACCCGCGGGUCGGGGAAUUGUCAGAGGGAGGCCCUGGGGUAGAUGGUCUGCCAGCCCUGAUCACAGUGGCGGAAGCCUCGGGGGCUGGGGUAAAACUCAGAACCGAGGGCCAAGUCUCAGCUAGGUGGAUGCACCCGUGGAGUGAAAGCUUUGUGGCUUGGCUCGAGACUGCCAGGCCCUGGGGUCGGGCAGGUAUGCUGGGGGAAUCCCAGGGGACGUGGCCCGCUCUGUCUGUGUGUCUGCUUGCUUGCCUGCCUGGACCGCCGUCCGUGAAAUUUGAUUUCUAUUUUUCUAUUUCCAGUUCUGUAAGACUCCUGAGCACGACACAUCCUGCCUUGGUGUUUGCUGCUCUUCAAAUAAAGACAUAUUCCAUGCCCUGUG